GCAGUGCAAAACGUAUUGGUUGUCAUUGUCAACACAAAAACUUGAUGAUAAAAUAGAUUUCCAAGUCGAUCAUUCAUAUGAUAUCAUGGCAUUCAAAAGUAGCUGAAAUUCAUUUAACUUUCAGGACUGAGUUGUGUCAGAGGAUACAUAAUUUUAAUGGCACUGUUAUCAAUUAUUUUUUGAUUUUUUACAGAUAAUAGUGUGUUGGUGGUAGAAUUAGGGUUAACCAGGGCCGCGACGAGGACGCUUCUACCAUGUAUUAAUUAUUGGAAAUUUUAGACUGGUAUGAAAUCAAAGAAAAAGAAAACUCGACUGCAAAAGGAAUCAGGCAGAAGUAGUCAAGGAAAUGAUGCAGUUACUACUUACAGAACCAAUGCACGCAAAAAUGGUUGGAGUUACCCACCACAUCCAUUGCAGUUUGUAGCCUGGUUCUUCAUAAUUAUUUUCAAUGUUAUUUACCAUUUUGUUGCUGUGCCAGUUCUUCCAUAUCACUGGCAACCUGCUGGACAUAUUAUUCCAGGAAUGAUGAUAACUUUCCAUAUUAUUAUGCAUUUCAUUUGCAUUUCAAUUGACCCAGCUGAUCCAAAUGUUCGUAGAAAGAAGAAGAAAAAUGUCAAGACAUUUGAUAGAACUGAACACAGACAUGUCAUUGAAAAUUGCCAUUGUUACAUCUGUGAAGUCUCUGUAGGCCUUAAAUCUAAGCAUUGUUCAGCUUGUAACAAAUGUGUGUCAGAUUUUGAUCAUCACUGCAAGUGGUUAAAUAACUGUGUCGGUGAACGAAACUAUAAGUUAUUCAUCAUGUGCCUUACAUCUGCAUUUGUAACCUGUUUCAUAGUAUUGUGCAUCUGUUUCUACAUUGCUAUUGCAUACUGGGUCAAUCCUAUGCUUCUACACCCAUACCUUCUAGAAAACAGUGCAUCAAUGUCUUCCACUGCUGGGUCUACAGACUACCAUGAUGAGUUAAAUGUAUUCAGACCAGUUUCAGGGCCAGUAUUCUUUGCUGUCAUCUGCAUCAUGGUGCUUUUACUACUACUCACCGUCUGUCUACUCGGCCAUCUUCUGGGCUUCCAUAUCUACCUUAUUUACAGAAAUCUGAGUACUUAUGAAUAUAUUGUGCUUAAACGCGAGCUUGAGAUGAAAAGAAAAAUGGAUUCAGAAUCACAGAGCCAUGAUGUUCAAGAGGAAAAAAAAUGUUGUGAAAGAAAGGGGAAAAAAAAUAAUAAAGUUACACCCAUGUACAUUGAUGGAGAAGAGGAGUUGGCACUUCAGAAUAAGCAUGACAGCCUUCCAAGCACCAGUAGAGCAGUAGUCCAUCACAACAAUGAUGUUGUAAAGAACACAAGACAAGAAGGUACAGAUGAAACACAAAGCAACAAACAUGAAUGCAAGACAGUGAACAGUGGAAGAUUUACCAGUACCCAUAGCAGUACAAGGAAUAGUAAAUCAGUGGAACAAAAGAAGAAAGAUCAAAGCAAGUUAUCUUGGAAUAAUAGCAUGCUACCUCAGAAAUUUGACUCAGAGAUGUUGAACCAAUCUCAAGAGCUCCUACCACCACAGCAAAAUGUUUUGGUGGAGCAACAUUAUGUUUGCCCACUAGGCCUGUCGCAGAGUUUACCAGAAACCUAUUUAGAGCAACAUAUAGUACAUAGGUUCCCAACCAAUGCUGCUGUGAGGCAACGUCACAGCCGUAGUUUAUUACAGCUAGGAGACCCUGGGAGGAGAUCACCUGCUGUUCAAAUGGAUCCAUACUUGAUGGCUGGCCUGACUUCUAGGCUUAUCCAAGGAAGCAACAUCAGUAUUACAGCAGCAGGACCAGCAUUUGAUUAUAACUCUGACUCAGCUGAAUCCCUACAUGAAAUACCCAUUGAAGGUUUUGCCAAUAUAAGUGGCCUAGCAUGUUCUUAUGACUCAUCAAGCUAUGCACAUUUGGUGCAAAGGCAGCAAAAUGUUAAAAAUUCUUCAAACAAUAGUAAAACUGUGCAGCCUGCAAACUUACCAAACGGAAGUAAUGUCAUGCAGCGUCAGUUUUUAAAGUCAACUACUGGUGAUUUGUUCUUUUCUAGCUCAGGUUCGUAUAAUUUAUAUCAAAACAAUGGACAUCUACUCGAAACAGAUGCUUAUUCUUAUGGAAAAUUGAAAUAUAGCUUAGCGAUAAAUGCAAAAAAAGAAAUACCAAGUAGUCAACAUCACAAUCACUUUUUUCCAGCUAGUUCACAUUCGGUUGGGUUUUCCGUCCCUUGAUCUUGGAAGCCUACAAUGAGAUAUAAUCUAUCAUCUUUUUAUGUCUAUUAUAAUAUAUGUGU